UAAACUCUACUUCCUGUAAAACUCCACGCUCCACAGCAGCUGCAGUCAGACUCUCUUGUGUUUUUCUGGAAGGAAGUGAAGCCACUCACGGUGUAGGUCAUCGUUCGUUUAUGGUUCAUGACCUGGUUUCUGACAAACAGAAAGCAUCUUGUGACGGCUUUGCACUGACCAGUAAGACCGAUGAGCUCGCAAGGGAUUGCGCUGCAGCAGAAACUCAGUCUGAUGCUGAGCAAGACCGUGGGAAAGCCGGUCCUUAAGCCUAACAAGCCUCUGGCCUUGAAGGAUGAGGUGGCGAAUCGUAAAAUGAAAAAAGGAGAGGCCACAUGCAUUAUGGAGAUGUCCCUGCUGAUGGCGUGCUGGAAGGAGAAUGAGUUCAACAAUGCCUUGUGUUCCAGUGAAGUGCAGACAUUCUUCAAGUGUGCUGAGAAGGCAGAGGGAAAUUCACCCACUCGAGUGGCUUUGUGUUCCUGUGUGUUUCCUGACCCACGAGGAAACAUAACAAACCAAGGGCUGCAAGAAAAGCAAAAGCAGAUGGGGCUGUUGGCCAGCACGGAGUCUUGUACCCUAAGCAAGCCAACACAUUACUGAAGCGAUAUCCCAAUCAUUUUAAAGAGGUUUAGGGCUGCCUCAGUUUGGUGCAGUUGUGGUGUGCAUUUUCUUCUUGUAUUUAUCAGCCUUCAGCCUGAACUGGCAGCAGAAGGUGAGAGAUCUGCAGAGAACUGUGACUUGUACAUUGUAAUCUUUAUAUCCCUUGCUAUUUCACAGAAUUCUUCUCCCCAUGACUGUGGCACUGUUUAGAGAGAAUGGACUCUUUAGCACUAUUAAUGCUGAAGAAGGGGUUAUCAAAGGUUAAUUGUCCAGAUGUCCCUCUUUGGUAUGCGUUGCUCUGCUGGUGCCACAUUAAAGAAGGAGGAAACUGAAACGAACUGUGGAGGAUUUUUUUGUGACAUAUCUCUAAUUAUAUGUCAAUCUGUCUUUAAUUGUGUAUCAGUCUGUUGUCCAAUAAAUACAUCAGUAAUUAAAUAUGUCAAUAAAUCAUUCAAUCUUUUUAUUGCAAAA